GGCAGUCUGUGUGGCGGCUGCUGCUGCUGUGGGACUCGUGUGGAGGUGGGACUCGGGAGCGCAGGGCCCGCGUGUGUCACCGAGAUGUGCGAGAGGAGGACCCCGCGGGGCCGUGCCGGUGCUCUGUGGCUGCCGCUGCUGCUGUCCCUCGUGUGUGGUGGGGCAUCAUCGGACCUCAAGAUCUGCUCCUUCAACAUUCAGACGUUCGGCCAAGCCAAGGCAUCCAAGCCCCACGUGAUGGAGAUCAUCGUAAAGAUCAUAUCUCGGUGUGACGUCACACUCGUGAUGGAGAUCCGGGACUGCAAGAACUGUACACUCCCUCGCCUUGUGGAGCAACUCAACAACCAGCCCGGGGGGCAUCGCUACUCCUACGUGGCGAGCAAGCGCCUGGGACGGGGCUCGUACAGGGAGCAGUACGCGUUCGUGUACCGGAGCAACCUGGUAAAGCUGCGUGACUCCCACCAGUACAAGGAGAACGACGCGCAAGGGCCCUGCGUGUUUCUCCGCGAGCCCUUCUCGGUGCGUUUCCACUCACCCAGCACAGCGGUGCAGGAUCUGAUCCUGGUGGGCCAGCACACCUCGCCAAAGAGCGCCGUGUCGGAACUGCAGAAGCUGCACACCGUGUUUGAGGAAGUGGUGCAGCUCUGGGGAAACCAGAACGUGAUGCUGCUGGGAGACUUCAACGCCGCCUGCGGCUACGUCUCGGCCACCAACUGGUCCCACGUGCGCAUUCGGGGCCCGUCGUUUCACUGGGCGAUCGGGGACGAUGUGGACACCACGGUGAACAAGAACACGGAUUGCGCCUACGACCGAAUCGUGGUGCACGGGACGGAGUUACGCAGUGCGCUGGUUGCUGGAUCUGCGAGGGCGUUCAACUUCCAGAAGACGUAUGGGCUCAGCAAUGAGAAGGCCCUGGAGGUGAGUGAUCACUACCCCGUGGAGGUAAAGCUGAAGGUUCCGGUGCAUCAUCACGAGCUCUGAUCGCUUACCAACCGCCUUGCCAACUCACAAAGCCGUCAUUAACUUAACGCUCAGCUCUGGGCAGCUUUUGGGAUGGGAAUGAAACAUUAAAGUAGCUAAGAACCCCUGAAAAUUCAAGCAUCGUGUCAUUAAACCUGAAAAAACUAACUUUAUGUAAACAACAUAGAGCCGGAUGAAAUAUGAAAAUUCUCGGCUCCACAAUUCCGUAUUGUUGCUCUCCAAGUGACCACCUGUGGGAACAAGACAAAUGGUCAGAGGCAUAUUCUUUGCGCAGAGAGUUUAGGGUGAUAUUGUGAUACUGCUUUGCAAUGGUUUUAAACAGAUGCAUAGAUAAAGAAUGGCAUUCUAGCACAGCGGAGCGACGAGUGGGAUGUGUGCAAUUCUAGAGCUGUACCCUGGGCGCUCCAGAUAAACCUGCAGAGGAAUCUGCUCAACUGCACGGUUUCACUCCCACGGGCGUGCUGCUGCCUCGAGCCCGGGCUAGAGCAGGACUCUGGGCCUCGUCCAUAAAUAAAAUAUGUUACAGAU